AUGGUUCAAUACAAACUUUAUUACUUUGAUGUGCGUGGUUUGGGUGAAGCUAUUAGACUUUGUUUUCAUUAUGCUGGAGAAACUUUUGAAGACAACCGCUUUACAGCUGAAAAUUGGCCAAACGAGAAAAAUAAAUUCUUCUAUGGAAAAGUUCCUGUGUUAGAAGUUGAUGGAAAACAAUUGAGCCAAUCUGGCGCAAUCCUUCAAUAUUUGUCUAAUAAAUUUGGUUUGGCUGGAAAGGAUGAAUGGGAAAAGGCUAAAAUUGUUGAAAUUUUUGACUUUUACAAGGAUGUUUACAAUGAAUUGGCACCUUAUCUUUAUGCUAAAUGGGGUAUUCGUGAAGGCGAUGUGGAUAAACUUCGAAAGGAUGUAUUUUUGCCUGGUGCAGAACGAGUCUUUCCGCUUUUUGUCAAAUUGUUGGCAGAGUCUGGUUCGGGAUUUUUCGUUAAAUCUGGCUUAACUUAUGUUGAUUUUGUAUUGGCUGAGUAUUUUGAGUUUGUCCGUUCAUUCGAGCCGGAAAUUGUCGGGAAAUACAAAGAAUUGACUGAUUUUGUCGACAAAGUUUAUGCCGAACCGAAGCUGAAGACUUAUCUGAGUACUCGAAAGACUACUUGA